GAUAUUUUUAGCUGUGAACUUCUAUGUAUAGUCAAAAUCGGUUUGUGGUUUAAUUCAUUCAUUCGGGUUACUGCGUAGAUAGGAAAAUGUUUCUUCUUGUGUUAAUAUUGGAUUGUUUUAUUGAGAAAUUGGACUUACGUGUUGCUCUUCUAUUGAAAGGGAAAACUCAGCCUUGAAAAGCCGGAAUUUUCUGAAAAAUAUAUUAUUUUGCAAAUAAAUCAACUAAAACUUACAUUUCUAUGUCUACAAACGUAAAACUACAUGUAUGCCGAAAAUGGGUUAACAGAUUAUACAAUAGUCCGAAAAGCUCGUUAACGGAAGAUGGCAGACAAAUAUUAUAGACUUGUUUGCUUUGCGGUAGAUAUUUGUGCUGACGUAUUAAGGAAAUAUUUUGUCAAACUUGCAAAAACUGAUGCAGGGAACACUUAUACAUCAGUCGAUGCAUACAUAUCUCACAGAAAUCGGGAUGUGGUGCAAUUAUUUAAUAACAAAAGGCUCAGGAGAGAUCAGUAUGAUUUAUUGUAUCCUGGUAACGGCACCGCUGAUGAAAACAAAUGGGACAUCUCAAUACUGGUAACAUUGAUAUCAGAACUUUUUGCCACACGCUUGCCGCCACUAGAAAUCUUCGCGUUGAAAUUCGAGAGAUUCGUAAUGAGUUGCAGCAUCACCCAAAUACUGGCAAUAUUUCGGAUGAUGACUUCGAUGAUUAUUGGGAACGAUUGGACUCUUCUGUUAGGCUUUUAGCAAAGAAUGCGCUUGAUCCAAAUGAUCAAGCAUCCUUACUAGGGAAAAUAAAUCAGGUAAAAUGUAAUCAUCUACCAAAUCUCGGUGAUUGUUUACGUAUUUGGCAUGAAGAAACUUCUAAGCAGUUGUUAAACAUUAUGAAUGAAGUGCAGGCAAAUGCCGAAGAAACAACUUCCAUUCUCAGACAAGUGACUGUCCAAAAACCAGGACCUUCAGGGGACAAAGAUAAAAGAAUCAAAGUUGCUGAUGAUAUACUGGCACGGCUUCAAGCGGGGUUUGAGUCAACGAUGAAAGAAUUAUCAGAUGAUUUCAAACCACCAAGUGAAAUGACAGACAUUCGAGCUAAACUAAGAGAUUGCCAUUACGUGGUUGUAACCGGAUGCAACAAUAGUCGUUACUUUGAGACCGCUCUUGCAGCAGUAAAGGGGAUGGACUAUAAUUACAAACGAAGCGUAGCAAUGCACACGUCGUCUGAUUGGCGACACAUUGAUCCUAAAGAUGUAGACUUGGUUUUAUGUAGAGAUCCAUUUGGAGGAUUUUCUUAUGAUGAAAGCAAAGCUAAAGCAAUGGAUGAUAUAUUUAAAAGCAUAAUGCAUUCAACAAAAGAGAAAUAAUGGCGAUAAAGCCUUUGACAUUGUCAUAGUA